CACACACAGACACUUUAAGAGGAGUUACAUCAUCACAACUUCAAAGAGAAAGAAGAGACAGGAACUCUAGAAUUCCAGUGCUAAACACAUAGGUGAUUUCAGCUAACCAUGUCACAGAAAAAGGAAAACAGUGCGUCAAAGGGCAAUGAUGUAGCUGAACCCCAGAGCCCAACUUGGGACAACAUCACCGUGUCAGGCAACAUCGGGACAAAUGUCACAGGCAACAUCGGGACAAAUGUCACUGGCAACACCAUCACUGGCAACGUCACAUUUGGAAAUAUCUACUCUGGACCCCAACAAGCUCCGCCUUCAAAAAACAAAGAGGGGAGUGGCCAGUAUAUCGGUGAGCUGCUGCAGUCUCAAACCCUGAAAGAGUUGGAUUUGACCAACAACAACCUGAAGGACUCCGGAGUGGAGCAGCUCCUCUCUAGAGGCUUGGCAAGUGCAGACUGCACACUGGAGAAGUUAAUAUUGAAGAAAUGUGGGAUCACGCUGAAAGAUGCGAGCUGCUCUAAAGUUGUGUCCGUGGCCAUUAAGUCUGAGAAGUGUCACCUGAGAGAGCUGGACCUGAGUUACAAUUAUCUACUGGACUCUGGAGCAAAGGCUGUCAUUGUGGCUGUAGUGGACGCAUCCAGCAAGACUGAGAGACUGAGUCUUGCAUGUUGCACACUGACAGAGAAGACCUGUGAGCUCAUCUCCUCUGAGCUGAAGGUAGAAAACCUGGCGACCUCCUGCUUGAGAGAGAUCAAUCUGAGUGACAACAGCCUAGGGUCCACUGGAGCGAUUGCACUCAGCAGUGUGUUAAAGAACACCAACUGCAAGUGGGAGAAACUCUGGUAAAUGACUAGUAACUGUAAACACCCAAUAUGAACACUCUUAUCACUACAGGUUUGUAAGGUUAGACAUCACUUAAAGUCUGGCAUGGUAGCUGGCAUAACAUUUCCUUAGGUGUUAUAAUGUGGCCAAUUUGGUUAAUAUUAUAGUCAGAGCCGGACAGUAACGGAGUACAUUUACUUGAGUACAAUUUUCAGGGAUCUUUACUUUACUUGAGCAUCAUUUUUGGGGAGUACUCAUGACUUUACUCAAGUACAUUUAAGAAAAAAUAUUGUACUCUUU